CCUUUGCCUUUCCCAAGAUGGGAAAAAAGAUAUAAAAAAAAAAAAAAAACAAAACAAGGCAAAAAUCAAUAAAUUUAUAACUUUCUCCGAAAGAAUUGCGGUAUUUUUAAUAUAAAAAUAAUAAUAAAAUGUUAUUCAAAUGGAAUUUACUCGAGUGCUUGUCGAUAUUUUCUUGUACUGGCGCAAUCGUGUGCAUUUUAUUAAACUGUGUGACUAAUAUUUCACCAUUAACUGGAGCGUGGUUCCUUGCGUAUAUCAUUGUACUAUUUGCAGUUUCUUUAUCACUGAGUUUUAAAUUUCUGCAGUGGUUGUUACAUCUGAAUAAGCCCAUAAAGUACGAACUCGACGGGCUUGUGAAAGAUUACCCUUACCUAUCUUCAUUGAUACAUAUUUUGCCGCAACCCCGCAAGAGACUUGUGCAGGAAUACAAAGAGUAUGAUACAAAUGAGUUGAGUGUCAUAACGACCGUCCUGGAAAGGAAACUGGUGUCAUCAUGGUACGUUCAACACAUAUCUCAGGAGAUAGGGUUUCCGUUUGCUUGCAAGCAAAUGUUGGAUCAGAUGAUUGGAAAAUGUUUUCAAAUAUGUAAUAAAAUAGAGCCAAAAGAUGUUUAUGUAGAUAGUUGUGCAGUUCUCAUAAGCCAUUUGAAGGAGUAUAGAAAAGCCAUAAAGCGGUAUGAGAAAUUACCAAAUAACACUGUUGAAUCUUUGUACAAAAAAUCACAUAUUAUCUCAAAUCCCGACAAGAAAACUUCUUCGGCCGAGCACUGCACUAACAUUCUGAGAGUAGUGCUCAAAGAAUUGGUGCCUUGGGAGCUGUGGGACACUCCUCAAUCUGAGCUGCUGGUAAGAAUUUUAGCAAAGAAACUUGACGGUUUUAUCGACAAUACGUUGGCUAAUCCUGCUUGGUUAAAUGAGAAGCUAUUAGCUUACUUAAAAGUUAAAGACGUUGAGGAAGCAGAAAAGGAUAAUAAAGUUGAGUCAAAUACUGCUAACAUAAAGGAAACUAAAGAGGAAAUAGCUAUAGAAACAAAAUUAGAUAAACCGACCGUAGAGUCAGCUUUGUCGACACUUAUAACUCAGACGACUGCACCAAUAUUGCAACAAGCCAUCAAUGAAGAAAUUGUUGAUGAUUUGAGAGUACCCAUGGAGACAAUGAAUGUUGUCGAAGAAGUACCAGUGAACUCUACUGAGCCAGUCGAUAUUAAAUCCUCUCCAGUGAUGAGACAAAGGCGGGGUAGGCAAGGAAGGAAUGAAGUUAAGAUCUAUGAUAGAAUUAUUGAAGGUAGUGUGAAGACUUGGGAGACGGACAUUGACCUGCAAUGCAUUAGCCUCGGUCAGGACCUGUUGGCCAGCCUCGACGGUGAGAUCACUCUGAGUCGACUAUGGGGACAGGAUGCGGAGCCCGAGGGCAGCCCCAACCCUCCCCGGAGCAAAUCCCCUCAAGCACUCUGGUUUGGCGAAGAGGACGCUAUAGAGUUGGAUUUGGCAGACACAAGCCCCAAGGAACCGAGCCCAGUUCGUAAGGAGCUCAGCCCGAAGCCCACUGAUGCUCUCCUCAAGGACCUGCAGACCACCGUCCACCAGGCUAAGACUAAGAUCGGAGACCUACAGGUCCCGCCCAAUGUUAACAUAGAUGUGCCCCGCAAGCAAUACUCUGGUGACGAGGCCGCCGGCAUGAUGGAAGGCUUGCUGGACUUCGGCAUCGCCGGCUUCAAGAAAGGCCUGCGGUUGACCGGCCUCAGUGAUGACUCGCAGGAGAAAUCUCCAUCGCAUAUGUACAAGGAGAAGAAUGGGAGAUCGUCUCCCCCAGAAGGCCGGGGCGGCAGGCCAGCGCCCGUUGAGGCCAAGGAAGCCAUCACCUCUACUGUCAUACAACGAGAAGACAACGGCGUGACCAAUGUCCCACCAUUAGUAAAGCAGCAUAGAGUCAUAUCUCAGGACAGUGUGCCUCAGCCGCCUCAAGGGCGAAUGGGAUCAGGAUCGAUGCCAAGGGCGGGGCCAGUUAUUCCAGGGGCGGGACCAGUUAUUCCAGGGGAGGGGUCAGUUAUUCCAGGGGCGGGGCCAGUUAUGCCAGGGGCGGCAGUAGGGGUAUCUCCGCCCCUGAUCGGUCUGGCCGAAUCCCCAGAGCCGGAGUACGAAGAAGCUGCAGACCUUUCGACAAGUAUAGCCAAGCUGAGGUGUCUGCUGCAACGAGCGGAGACUAGUCCCAAGGCUGAAGAGGUAUGGUGGGAGAGCCAACGGGCACAUUCUUCGAGACCCAUAGACGCCGCUACACUCGCUGAUGAGUACGACAUGAACGCGGAGAGAAACGCUUCCCCCGGACAGACCUCUAACAACAUGCAGCGACUAGACAAGCUGUUCCAGCGCACUGUAACGGGGGUGUUCAACUCCAUCAAGACGGCAGUGGGGGCGGAGGGGGAAGUAUUCCCCCACUCCAUGAACGACUGGACUUAUGUCACCACCUCCAUUGAGCUGAGCGUGGGUGGGGCAGUGGCCCGCCUGGUGGGGUCCCGGCGCGCGCUGGGGCACGUGGACGCCGCCCUCGACUCCUUGCACCAUAUACCACGCGCGGACCUAGCGCCGCCCGUCCCCGACGAUAUAGAGGAAUGGUGUGCCAGUAUGGGCAGUGCGUGGAGCGCCGGCAGUGAGUUAAUAGCGGCCGCUGCACUCUGUGCCACACACUGUGCCCACCGCCUCGCUACGCUGCUGAUGGGGGAACUAGUGGAAGCGUUGAUGACCGUAUGGCUGGACGAUCUGAGCGCGUGGCUGCGCUCGCAAGUGUUCGUAGUAUUCGAGCGAAUGUCUGAAGGGGGUGACGUCAUGCCCGGGAACGCUGCUCUCGAGCCCGACUUGGAGAAAACCUGCGCCGCCAUUAUGGACAACAUGCCUACUGUCAUGUAUAUAUUUGGUGAAGAAAAACUGAAAGACGCUGUCCAUCUGUCCGUACACAGUUUGAGCCACGAGUGUAUAAAUAAGGACCUAGGGUUCCGUCUCCUGGAUGUGUUCGCGGUACAUUUCAAACGCGCCGCCGCCAUACGGAACCCAUCCUUCGACGCCAACUGAUCUCAUUUACGUUAAAUAGCAACGAUAUUAAAUACCCUAGAUACACCACGAGCGCUCAUAAAGUGUCCUAAACAAGAAGUGCUUGAACUCCACUCAAGCGCUUCUUGGUUCACAGUCACGCGCGGACCGUUACAAAGUCAAGAUGCAACAGAGCUCCGCGAAAAAAUGCAAAAAUAAUACUUAGAGUACGAAAGGUGUCGUUUUUUCGACAGGUAUCUAGUCAAAGUUUGUUAAUUUAACGCAUUUGAAGCAAAAUUUGAUGUAAUACUUACUAUAAACAGAUUUACUAUAAAAUAUAUGUGAUAUUCAAAUGCAUGUUCGGUUAUACGUCGCCAUAUAUAUAGUCGUCUCUUUUCCUCGCGAUAUUGCUAACAGCUCGUUCAGAAUUGCGCGUAGAGUCAAAGAACUAAGGUGCAAAUUCUUCCGCAUAUAUCAAUAACUCGUAAAAUUUUACGAGCUUGCAUUUCGAACUGUCAGAAGUCCUUGACGCAUGCGUUUUAUUUAAUACCUUAUACAGUAUGUAGUAAAGGUUACUUUCAAUAUUUAAAUAAUGCCUUAUAUUGAUUUUGACUACGCGAUCAUCUUAAGGAGCUCCGUGGGUCGUUCAAUGUACCUUUUGGACAGGUUUCGGCCACGAUUUUGUUCGUGUUGGUGUAUCUAGGGUAUUUAAUAUCGUUGUUAAAUAGUCUAAGAUUAUGGAAGACCUUGUUAAUAAGAUAUAUUAAUAUAAGAACAUAUAAAAGUUAGGGAAAGUGAACCUUCCUUAUUCUGUUUUGAAAGCUUUAAGUGUGCCGCUCAUAGGCAAGUUAUUUCCUAAUAAAGUUUAUUUUUUUAAGCAUGUAACUGCUCGAUGUAUAAAUCUAAAAAAAAUAUUACUAGAAAAAAUUCCACGCGGGCCAAGCGGUAGACGGAACUCGAACCAGCACCCUUCGCUAUCCGGCCGAAUGCACUGACCAAUUAUGCCACCGCGGCCCUGAUGGCCGUGUCGAAUUUCCUCUAGCCUUUCUUAAGCUGCAAGGCAGCGCCAUCUCUUCGCAUUGUAGUUAACCCAGUCAAGUUAUUAUCUGUCGAUAAUGGUGUCGAUUGAGGAGCUCGAUGGCGUAGGUGGUUAGCGCGUUCGGUUGCGAUCGAUGAAGCUAAGCAACUUUCGCAGUGGUCGCUCAUUGGAUGGGUGACCAAAAGUCUUCUGUUUCGAGUUCCUCCGUGCUUCGGAAGGCAUGUUAAGCCGUUGGUCCCGGAUAAGCAGUCGUUAGCACCCGCCAAUCCGCACUGGGCCCGCGUGGUGGGUCUUGGCCCAAUCUCCAUAUUCCAUCCAUGGGGAACUGCUCCAGCAGUGGAGACAUUAAUAAGAUAAUGAUCAUGAACGGUGUCGAUUCAGGCAGGGUUCUCGAAACCAUACCUUAAAUUUAACAACAGUGUAUCCUUGUCAUUCUCUAUACAGAAUGAAAAGGAGAGACUGAUGUUAAAUUUAGUAUUAAAUUUGGCAAAAUCAUGCACGAAUCGACUCAAUUAUGGGAUACUUAUAAUGAGCUAUUUCGUCAUAUUUCUAUUACUUCCUUAAGCCAGAAACAUAUUAACGUGUCGUGGCGUGACGUGGCGCAUCGGUUUCAUACAUUUAUUAUGGGUUAGAGAGAGAUAGAGAGGUUAAAGCGUCGACACGACACGAUACGUAAAUAAGUCUCUAACCAUAGUAAAUGUAUGAAACCGAUGUGCUUCUGGCGCGCCUUUUUUUUGACAAUUGAUGAGAUGGAAAAUCAAAGUUCUAAUACAUUAUGUUACAACAAAAACAUAUUUCUGAUGUCGUAGUAAUUAAUUUGAUCUAAUUUAUUGAACAAUAUUGAGAGAUUGAGGCGUUUGUAGUUGUGCAUAUUAUCGUUUUUUCCGUAAACUAGCUGCAGUAGAACGAUCAGGACAAAAAAUGGAAAAUAUUACUUGCAAAUAUUCUACAUUAUCUUACAAUAGGAAGAAUAAAUCUACUGUUUACUUCUAUUGGAAAUAGUCAAAAUCUUUUCUAAGGGGGUAAACGAGGCGCUCAAAAAUUACGAUUUUUUUCCAUAAAUGUGAAAGGGCUCUUAAGUUUAGGUUUCAAUCAAUUCAAUCAUGCCAGAAUCUAUACCAGUGUA